AUGGACGUCGAACCUUCUUCAUUCAUUGGCCCUUACCUCGCCGGCUGUAACAUCAAUUGGUUCCUACUCGGCACUCUUGCCGUGCAGAUAUACCUCUAUGAAACUGGCCGGCAGAAAGUGAAGGAUGCGGUCUGGUUAAGAGCAUUGGUAUACAUCAUCGCUUUAGUAGACACUGUUCAGGCUAUCAUCACCACUCGCGACCUCUGGUUCUUCUCUAUCGAUGUAUGGGGAAACGACGCGGCACUAUUACAACUAACACUAGGUCAAUCUCUUAUUCUCAUUUUCGGAGGGUCCAUUGCCUUUGCGGUGCAACUCUUUUACGCUUGGCGUAUCUGGGUCCUCUCGCAGUCAAAGACGAUGCGAGUACUCACGUGCAUCAUUGUGAUGCUCUCUAUGAUGCAAUUUGCUGUGUCAAUACACGGUGACUUCAUUUCACUCAGUCAAUACAGGCACCAUGGCAGUAUCGCAUUCCUUCACAGUGACAUAGCCAAACUUGACGUGCUGCUAUGGCUUGUGGGAAGUUUUGCGGCCGAUGUUUUGAUCACGUCUUGUAUGGUUUGGCUCCUCUAUCGUGCUCGGACCCGCACUAUCUGGGCACAAUCCCAAACCUUGUAUGAUCGCCUGAUCAUGAACACUGUGCAAACUGGCAUGGUCACUGUCAUCGCCGCGGGAGCCUGCCUCGCCCUCUGGGAAAUCCAGAACCGCUAUUACCUCGUCCCAGCUAUUGUCAUAGGAAAACUAUACUCGAAUAGUUUUCUCUCGACACUCAAUGGUCGACUAUUUCGCAGGGACGACUCGGCUCGGCAAAAGCCUUCCGCCCUAUCAGCCUUCCGCCCUGCCGCAGGCAUCCUGUCUCGUUGGAGAGGCCACGGGAAGUCCGAUCCUGACAUCCCCUUGACUGGUAUAGUAGAUGUGCAUCAUGGCACACCACCAGACCGGGUGCAACAUGUCGAUGGCCGCCGCGAAUUCUCCGAGCAUUCGGCAUUCAGCAUUCAAAGGCACAACAAUAGUCGUAACGAUAACGUGGGGCGUGAUGAUGAUAAGAGUAAGGCAAGCCUCUUUGGGGGCGACUCUAGCAGCGAUUCCGGCAAUGCACUAAGCCCUGGUAGCGAAUACGAGCAUGUCAUUGGACUGUCGUCUUUCCCUGAAAUUCCUGGAUCAGUUAUAACUAGGCAACUAUGCACUACUCUUUCUCGCUUGUGUGAUCGUCGAUGA